GCAGAGAGAGAGAGAGCGGGAGAGAGAGACCACGUUUCCAGCCUACUAAGGGUUCUCGCUUAGCUCACAUACACGGGCCUGGCAGGAGAGAGAAGGGUGUGAGGAGAGGAGACCGAGCGCAACUUUGACAAGUCCCAAAAUAAAACUUUUAGAGGGAGUUGAAAGUUGCUGCGAACGGGACGACAGUCAAGGCAGCUGCAGCAGAGGAUGGAGGAGGACGCCCCGCCUAAGAAGUCAGUGGCGGAGCUGGCUGGAAGGUUCAAAGCUCAUGCCCCUCCCAUUCCCACGGGAACUGACGGGAGUAAGCCUGUUAGGAGACGCCCCCCUCGAACCCUACAGCUCCCCAAGACCACGGCACAGGGGCAGGUGGACGAGGAGAAACCCAUCUCCCCGUCUCUGCAUCCUGCCAAAAUCAAAAGGAACUCUGCUCUUAUUGAGAAACUGCAGGCUAACCUGGCGUUAUCCCCCUGUUCCCUCCUGCCCUCUCCUAAGAGCCCUGGGCUGAGACUGUUGCCCCCCUCCUUUACCCCCACCUCCCCCACCCCUCCUGUUACUACCCCCACCUCCCCAGUGAGCAGGGCACCCCUCCCUCGGUCGCUGAGCGAGGAAGAGACACCUGCCACCUUUGAGGUCGCAGCCACACCCACCGAAGGAUCCCUACUGCCCAGUAUCAACAAGGGAAGAGCCCGCCUCUCCAUCCGGCGACGCCCACCUUCGCGACGACACAGGAAGUCCAGCGGAGAGGAAGGAGACGGGGCGACGGGUGAAGAGACGCCCCUAACUACAUCCGACGACCCUGAGGCCAAAGUUGGGGAGGAAGAGAAGGGAGAGGGGGAGGAGGUGUUUGAGAAGGAAGUGGAAGAGAAGGAUGGCGAAAGAGCAGACACAUCUCUGUCUACCAAAGCAAAGAUAGAGACAGGCUCAUCUACCCCUGCUAACUCACAGCAACAGAUUACCACAACAGACAGCUCAACCACAGACAAAGACCCCCUAGAAAAGACAAAGUCAGAAAAAACGCUGGAGCCCCAGAGAGAGGAGAGACAGGAGAGACAGACAGGAGACGAGAGACAGGAGGACAGACAGACAGCAGAGGAGAGACAGACAGGAGAGGAGGUAACAGGGUCUAGAGGAGAAGAGGUGAAAGAUUGUGGUCAGGGGUGUGGAGGAGAAGAGGAGAAGGGGAGGGAGAGUUGUUCAGCAGAGGAGUCAUCUACAGAGAGAGAGAAAGAAGAGGGGGAAGAGCUGGCCUGCAAAGAAAAGGAGGGAGAGAGGAAUACAAACUGCAACGAAGAGAAGGAGAACACCAAGCUCUGAUGGUCCGCAACCGCACMAUGCCCCUGAUGUACAGAGUGGGAGACCCCCAUAGUGUGCACUAACUCCCCUCAUCCCAUAGCACAUACUGUAGUGGAAAAGGAGAGACUGGUAUGGACUGCAGACUAUGCCACCGGAUGGACUCCCUUUAGUCCUCUGCAUCUGGAAGGUCCUACACUCUGGCUGCGUCCCACAUUGCACACUAUGCCCUAUAUAGUUUAGUAAGUUUGACCAGGUUCAAUAGUCCUCUGGUCUAAAGUAGUGCACUAUAUAGGGAGUAGGGUUUCAUUUGGGACAUAGCUAUGCACAUGUUUGGAGUUUGGGAAUCCCUGGUCUAGAUAAAUCAAUUAAUGUCAGAUUUUUGUUUUCACUUCAUCUCUGUUUUGAUAUUUUGUUACAAUUAGGCUGGAGAAAUGUUAGCUAAUUUGAAGUGAGUGCUAAUGAUCAUCUUUAGUCUUAGUUUCCUCACAUAUUAACUGAUCAGAACAUUUUGACAGCAUUUUAUACAAGUGAAUUUUGCUCUUCAGCCUGUCCCACUCUGAUAAUCAAUCAUGUCCUACUCCUGACCAAAAGCCUGUGACUUGUCUGAUAAUCAAUCAAUGUGAUUUUGUUUCACUGAAUGUCUGUCUGUAUAUUUGGUUAAUUGAUCUCUGGCUGGACAAGUGGAAGUGGUAGAUAAUUGAUUAGUUUGCUCAUCUAUCACCGAUCAGAUUUGUUUUUUGCAUGCAAUAAUGUAGCCCAAAUCAAGUGUAUUAUUUAUCUAUUGACUCACGUACUGUAGUAGCCUUAUAUAGAGCCUUAUUUCCUAUUGUCCCAAUCCAACUGAAACUCAAUAUCCUGACUCCUGUCUUGCAUGAACAUUCCUAACUUGGCCCAGCGUUGUUCGGGGUAGGCUGUCAUUGUAAAUAAGAUUUUGUUCUUAACUGA